AGCAAAUAGCGUUCCAUAGUUCUUGCCCGCGAGAAUUAGAAGCAAACGUAAACAAUCAAUAAAUAAUCGAUGGGACAAUGAAAUGAAGGGGUAAUUUGGCGUCAUGUCCACGCUUUCACACACUCUGAUGAAGAAUAACCGGUGUCGAUGUGUGUCAAUCCAAGCCCCCUGUUGAGAGGUCAAGGAAGUCAUCUUGCCUCCGACAAAGAUGGAUGAUUAUUCAGAUAUCCAGGUCUGCUUCACAGCCAAGGAAUGGGCAAAGAUCAGCGAUUACGAACGAAUAUGUCUCAAGAACAUCAAAGAAAACUAUGAGAUGAUCAAAGAAGUUGGAUUUCAGGUGAGGCAGCCAAAGUUCCUCCGACGUCAACAAGGAACAAAAAAGGAGAUCAAAGAAGAGAUUAAUCGCGAGGAGGAGGAUAGAAAACCCAAAGGAAUGCAGGGUAGUCCUGGAGGGUCCACGAAUCGACCAGUAUUAAUGCACCAUCUGCAAGGAAUAAAGAAAGAGAUCAAGGAGGAAAUUGACAUCAAGGAUGAGGAGAUGGAGUCAGUAGGACUUGUGCAUCAUCAGCAAGGAAUUAAGAUAGAGAUUAAAGAAGAAACUGAUAUCAAGGAUGAGGAGAUAACUUCAUCAGGUUGGUAGAUUUAGCUGCCUUUUAUAUUCAAAUGUAUAUGUGAUUCACAAAUCUUCCCCCAAAAAGGUAGAUGAUUACCGAAAAUUUGGAAAGUGAAUAAAAGGACUUGUUGGCAUUGCAAACUUGCAUUACUUUUGGCCAGCAGGGCCUUUAUCAGGCCUAUAAUGCAUUGAAACAAAAUAGAACAUAACCAUACAAAUAAAAUUGUAACAAUAAAGUAAAUAAAGGGUAACAAAGGGUACAGAACAGAAGGAUUACAGUCAGAUAACAAAAAAUAACAACAGAGGGGGAAAUGACUUAAACGAGAUGGUAGAAUACAAUAGAAACGAUUGGGAAACUUAAGUGUGUGGAAAGACAAGGUAUUUUCUGGCAUUGACAUUAACUUUGGUUUCUGUGCAUCUGGAGGAGUAGUAAGUCUUGUGUAGUUAAUACUGUGAAUAAAAAUAGAGGAUAAUGUUUCAAGUAA